UGAUACUAACAUUUUCUAUCUUCCAAACAUAACAACACUUAGAAAUCGGAUUUUUAUUAAGGAAAAGAGACCGUAUUAACAUCUAAUUCAUACAUUGAAACACCAGCAGAUAGGAGGAACUCCAAUAACGUUGACGAACGUUGUGCAGGGCAACAUUUGCUGCCACAAACCUAACGCCCUCCGCUUAACACUCGAGGCCAAGUCGUUACCACUGAUCGCGUCGUCAACAGCAUGCAUGCUUACCCGCUCUCCCCAAACUCCACCUCCGUCGUUGCCUGCGAUCCCACCAACGUGUCGUCCUCGCAUCGCUCUCGGCUUCCUUUAUAAACCCCCCACCACCGGUCCAUCUCUCAUUCGCCUUUCAGUGUUUGUUCUCUGGUAAACAAGGUGUCGGUUUCGGCAACUCGAGGCAAGGAAGAUGUCGAGCAGCCAGAUGUUCCAGUCCGGGAAAGCCCACGGCGAGGGCGAGGCGCAGGCUGGCCAGUGGACCCGGUCGGUCCAGGACGCCGCCAGCUCCGUCCGCGACAUGGCGUCGGACACAAUGCAGUCCGCCAAGGAGAGCCAGCAGCACGCCGCCGGCUUCCUGCAGCAGACUGGGGUACAAGUGAAGCAGAUGGCGCAGGACGCGGCGGGAGCCGUGAAGAACGCAGUGGGAAUGGGGAACGCCGACGCUGGAAGCGGCGGCGGCGGCGCCACCACCACCACCAGCACCAACACUAACCAGGCCCCUCAGGAUCUGCUGUUAUAGAGAGCUUUUGGUGGGCUGAUUUCUCCCGAUUGCUCGCCAAUAAAUGGAUGGCUAAGGGUUCGAGCCAUUCGAGUCCCAACAAGCAAGACGAUGUUUGGAUUCUUGUUCUCAUGUUUUGGGUUUCCUGGACUUUUGUUUAGGAUUCAAUAAAUGAUUUUACCGUGUUUUGUUUUGUGUUUUGGGUUCAUCGAUUAAUGUGGGAAUCGAGCUACUAUUAUGAAUAUGAUCACAUUUGUUUGUGGCUAAGAACAUGAAAUGUGAUUUGAGUCUUUAAAGGGACUGAUAUUGA